GCCACACUGCCAAGUUUGACGCGUGAAAGAUUCGCAACCGAAGCUUGGUUAGUUCUGUUUUGAUGUUUGUGUCGUGAAGUGCGCCAUGUUUUCCGUCGCGCAAACCCGGAAAUCCAAAAAUUCCAAGCCGGAAUUGAUGGCCGUUCCGUCGUCGUGGGUUGGGGACAAAUGUGUUUUUUUCCCCCAAAUGAAAUAACAAAGCUUUCAAAGGAUCCAAAGUCUAAGCCCGGUAAGAAUUGGGCCGCCAAGCCAGCGAAAAUUUUGGCUGAAGCAGAUUCUUACGAAGCGGCAGAAAUCCGUGUGACUGAACUUACAAGCCAAACCGACUCCGAAGAUGCCAGUAUCGGAACUCGGCGUAAGCCGCCCGCCAAGAAAGUAAAAUUUUCUUCAAAUGUGUACGAGCUUUCAGAGGUGCAACCCGGCGGGUUCUCCUUGGCUGCACCAGGCGACCUGGCCGUGACAAGCACACCGGUAUCGACGAGCCUGCCGGCCGCAACAAGCACUCCGACAGCAACAAACGCUCCGGCCAUAACAUGCGCUUCGGCCGCAACAAGCGCUCCGGCCGCAACAAGCGCUCCGGCCGCAACAAGCGCUCCGGCCACACCAAGUGCUCCGGCCGCAACAAGCGCUUCGGUCGCAAGAAUUGCAUGUGAAGGAUCGGUUACACCGACCGGACUGGUCGUUACUGAACAAUUUCUUCCGACGGGUGAAGGUUCAAAGAUUCGUCCAGCUUUGAACAACAGUAUUAUUUAUACGGCGCCGAUGGAGAAGAACCAUACCAUGCCAACUGGCGGCUUUCUACAGGUCGUUCCUGUUGAACAACUGGGGCAGUCCUCACAUUACGUGGUGCAGCAACGAGGAGGAGUAGGCCAACAGCUGAACGGACCCGGUUUUGGUAAUCCUGAUGACUCGGAACUGAGCAUUUCCGCAAUGAUUUCUGACAUGAUGGCGCCGCUUACACCAGCUUUGUCCACGACACCACCGUGUAACGAAUAUGAUGGAACGGAAGUCACGAUUACGACUUCAACUGGGGCAUACAAGUACAUCCAGCUACAAGAUGGAUCAAUGUUGCCUAUUGUGGACACGGAUAAGAUCGUGAAGAAAUUGGACGAUAAUAACGCGCUAUUGAUGCAUAUUUGCAAUUUUGUCGCUAACAUGGAGCUAUAUAUUUCGAAAACGAACCCAGCUGAUAACAUGGUGGAGACGCUUGGUGAGAAGGAGAAGGAAACAUGUGCUAGAGCUCUGAAAAUCGAUACAGGUGCUGAUUUGUUGCAACUCGAGGCGGGCCUGAAGAAUGCAAGUUUCGGGGUUAGAUUGCUCAAAUACUGCAAGUCCCUCUUCAAACUUACGGGCAAACGCGAGGGUCGUGUUUUUUUCAAAACUUUCAUGAGGACAACAAUCAACCCGCAUGUGUUUACGCCUUAUUCCUGGCAAGGAAACUCUAGGACGAGCGAAAACGAGAGCUUUAAGGAAGCUUUUCCGAAAUUUAUUGAUUUUGUACAGAACGUGGUGGUGGCUGCUGAUUAUCAGCACACCAAAGAAGACAAUGAAAAAUGUUUCCAAAACUUUCUCAGAGCGAAAAAUGAAGAGAUCAAGCGCUUCAACGCCGGGGGAGCGAAACGCUCAGCUCUUGCGCGUAAGCGCAAGCAACCAGCUGAUCAGGAUGAGGACAACGAGUCCAGCGAAGAGGAACGGGACAACACGGACGAAGAGCAAGAACCUGGCGAUAAGAUUCAAGUUUAAAGUGCUCAGAUUUUUCGCGGAAGGGCAAGCAACCAGCUGCUGAUCAGGACGAGAGCAACGAGUUCAUACAAGAGGAGCAGGAGCCGGAGAACACGGACGAAGAGCAAGAACCUGACGAGAAGGUUCAAGUUGAAAGCUAAGUGACUAAAUUUAAAUUGAACAAAAACCUGUAAAAUCAAUAAACAACAAAUCAACU